AUGCAGAAUUUCUCCAUGGAAGCGCAGUUUCGACCCGCCGUGAAGCCCGAUCGCAAGCUCAAACAACUGCCAUCUGGCAGGGACACGCCGUUCGAGGAAGUGCAGCAGUUUGUUGAGCAUCUUCAGUCGUCUGUGCCUCAUUUCAAGGGCAAGAAGAGCUCGAAAUCGAAACACAAGAACAGCUCUAGUCUCAGUAAUAGCGCGAACGAUGACACUGCGGGACACUCGCUUCGGAUCGAAAAGGGACGCAAGGUUGAGAUGCAUCUGGACGUGAUCGCUGGAGACACGAUCCGAUGGGAUUUCUUGGCGAAAAGUAGCGAUUUCUGCUUCGUCGCGACGUAUUUCCACGAGGACCAACAGCAAGUUGUGUGUCGCACCGACGGCGUUAAGAACAUGGCAAUUGUUGGCGCUUUCGAGGUCGAACACAACGGCAGCUUCGUGUUGAUGUGGCAGAACACGCAGAAAGGGUUUACUAUGGAUAGAAAUGGGAUAAAGAUCAAGUAUGACGUCCAACAUACUCGCUCAGCUGCUAGCGAACCUCCGGUAAAUGCUGCGACUGUGGAGCCUGUCGCGUCUCCACAGUCCGAGGAAGAUAAGCUGGAGACUAGCGACAAAGCCCGAAGACUUACUGACGAACAGAAAUGCGAAGUUUUCCGCCAAUUAAACCACAUCCCGAACCCACUCACGACUACUACCGCGUUCGUGGACUACUUUAAGCUCAAUGAGCUUGCGAGUGAGCCGAACGAAGCUCUCGAGUCGAAGAAGAAGUCAUUUUUCAAGGUGUUUGAGGACAAGAAACAACCGACGUCGACCGCAUCGUCUUCGAGAAACGGUACAGCUGAGACGGCUUACAGUAUGAAGAACACAUACCGGAGUCUGACACUUGUACCCACUGCGCGUCGAAUGCACAAAGACUUUGAAGCCAAAGUUGUCAUGACGGAGAAAUUUCCGUUCCAACUCCGAGAUUUCCUGCCAAUUAUCAAGUUCAUUUCCACUACGGGAGAACACGUGAAGAACCUCGACGAGUUUUUCCAGAUGGUACGUAGUGUGGAUGUCGACUGUGUAAGGUACGGCGACUGA